AUGUUUCAUGAUGUUUCAAGUUUACUUCAGGUGGAGCAGUUGACCAGACAAAAUCAGAACUAUUUGGCACAGUUGCGUAAACUUCAAGCGGUGAUAGCGAAUGGCUCAAAACGAAGUACGCAUGCAGGCACUUGUUUGGCCGUAUUAUUGUUAUCAGUAUGUCUUUUGGUUGCACCUAACCUUUCACCCCUCUCAUUGACACAUUACAAUGAAUCCGAGGAACAGGCAAUCGCUGCACAAAUGCAUAAUCAAGACUUGAAACGAGCACCGCUAGCGGGUCGUUCUCGAACCUUGAUGGAGUACGUCAGCAAAUCAUCGCAACAAAAAAACGACGAUUCCUCAUCGUUGUGUGAUGGCGAAGAUGAGGAAAUCAGCGAUGCGGCUGUUGUGCCAGCUGUCCGGGUUGUACGCAAACGUGCUGCGCCAGCCGCAAAAGAUUUCGUCGAAGUUGAGUAUUCAGAUGGAAUCACCACCAUGUACCAUCAGAAUGGAUCAUCCUAUACGAAACGUACGAAUGGCGACUAUCAACAACUGAACGAUGUGGACGAUGAUGGAGGUGGCGGAGGUGGAGGCGGUGCUGCGCGAGGCGAGGGCAGUCGAGAAUUAGCCACAAAAAAACGUCCGGACGAUGCUCGACCCACCAGAUAUGAGCGCAACAACUUGAAGUCGAACUUUAGCGUGAAGCCUCCGAAUCCGAACCCGAAACCAAAAUCCUCUGUGACAUCCUCUGUCGACUUCACUAGCGGUCGUCAAAUCAAGAACAAUAACACCAACAACAACAACAAAACUAACGCUUACGCAGCAAAUGCCUCAGCGAUGAUGGUCAACAAUAAUGCCAAUUAUAGUCAACUGAAUACGAUGAAAAAAGGAACGUUCGUGGUUGGAAACACGGCAACGACAGCCAGAUAUGCAGCCAAAUAUGGUGGUAAUUAUGAGAGUGAAAACAUGAAAAAAGUUCCUGCAAGUGCGACGACAAUUAUAACGGCCAGCGAUCGGGAAUCCAAUGAGGAAAAAUAUUUCAUUGAGCAAAAACAAAAAAAUGAUUCAUCGUUCUAUCAAAAUACCAACAAUAAUAAUAAUAACAUGAGAGCUGCUGCUGGUGUUGGUGUUGGAGUUGGUGUGGCUCAAGCACGCAGUACGAAUGGCAUGACAUUGAAACGUAUCAAAAUCGAGAAAAUUUAA